GGCCAGGACUCACUCGUUCACCAUGAUAAGUUACCAGCAGCGGUAGCUCAGGCAUUCAGAUUCCCCUCCCCCUUUUUUCCCUAUCCAUAGCAAGCCAACCACUGAAAAUGGACUCGGCACCCGUUCUCACCACCUUGUGCGCCCUAAGUUCCAGCAUCGUUCGUGUUGGGAGUUAUGUAUUUUUACGAUGGGUUUGUCGACAAUUCCGAGCUAGCUAGUAAUGCUGAGGUUGCUAAUGAUAUACCUUUGUGCAUUGCAGAUACCCGGACAUGUAGGUUCUUCUCAUCUCGCUGACGAACCCGGAAGAGCAGGGCGUGAUUGACGAAAGAUAGGUUUUCCCCACAGCGAUAUUCACCGCGUACGGCAUUUAUGCGUCCCUUUUCGCUAUCUUGUAUUUGGGCAAGCCGUCGUACGAGAUGAUAGCCAGUUCCUCCCGGGUCAACAUUCUGCGGCCGGCCGACCACGAUGCCGAGACGACAUCAAAACACACAAGAACGGACGGAGGAGCGACUGGGGGCACAACAUUAUCACCGGGAACGCCCACCGCGAUCGAGGCUACCGAAACAACCGUCUAUCGAAAGCGCCAACCCCACCCUAUCAAGCACCUCCUCUGGGGCACCCCCUCUGUUUCUGGGAAACUAAGUCUAGCAACCUUCGCAAUAAAUACGCUGCUCGCUAUCGCGACGUGGGAUCUAACUUUCCGCGCAACCUGCUUCUACACAAGCAAGGAUCUCAGCUUUGCUCGCAUCGGUCACGUCGGCCCCGAUUCCGCAAAGCUCCUACUACGAGAACCAGACUCCACCCACUACCCACUCUCGGUAUGGUAUUCGCACGACAAAGUCCCCACGAUUGACUUGCGCCUCGUCGACACGAUCUCCGAACCGUCUGAAGAAACGGAUUUCACAAACACGCUAACGCUGCAUCACCUAACUCCGGAGACGAGGUAUCGGUGGUACACUAGUUCGAAUCACUCCGGGACCUUCACCACGGCGCCGCGAGAGAAUGAGGCGCCGAGGGGGGGCAAGUUUACCUUUUUGACGACGAGCUGCAUCAAGGCGAAUUUUCCGUACGAUCUUACGGGACAUCCACUAGCGGUUAAGGGCUUCAGAGAUUUGGGCGCGUGGGUGGAAAGGUUGGAGGCCAGGUUUAUGUUGUUUUUGGGGGAUUUUAUUUAUAUCGAUGUGCCGAGGAGGCCGGGGUUUGACAAGGAAAGCUAUAGGCAGUAAGUUUUAUCCCAUCCAGUGUUCUCCAAAGCCGAGGGUCGCGACGCUAAUACUCCCAGACAAUACCGCCAGAUCUACGCCUCCCCAGACUGGCCUUCUGUAGGAGCCAACCUCCCAUGGAUUCACGUAAUUGACGACCAUGAAAUUUCCAACGACUGGUCUUCAAACACUACGGGCGUCUACUCCGCGGCGAUAGACCCCUUCAACAUCUAUCAACACUCCAUCAACCCCCCUCCUGUCCGUCCAGCCGGCGACCCCUACUACGCCUUCGACUAUGGCUCCGCGGCUAGUUUCUUCAUGCUUGACACACGCACCUACCGCUCUCCCGUCGACUUCCCUGACGGCCCGGAAAAGACCAUGCUUGGUACGCGUCAAAAGGCCGACCUCCUGCGCUGGCUAUCCCAGGGCAGCGGCUGGAAAAUAAUCGCUAGUAGCGUCCCCUUCACCAAAAACUGGCGUGUGAACGGCCGAGACACAUGGGGUGGAUACCUCCACGAGCGCCAGGAACUUCUUGAGCAAAUGUGGAAAAUUGGCGGUGGGCGAGUAGUCAUCCUUUCCGGCGAUCGCCACGAAUUCGCCGCAACGGCUUUCCCCCCAUCGCCGGAUUCCGGGUACUCGAUUGCUAGCACUGUUCACGAAUUCUCAUGCUCUCCGCUGAACCAGUUUUUUGUGCCCAUCAGGACAUAUAAGCAGCUCGACAACGAGGAUUUGCUGAUCAAGUAUGUCCCUGACGGAAAUAGAAAGUUUGGGGCCAUUACGGUGGAUACAACCAACGAAGAACAGGUUGUGCUGAAGUAUAGGCUUGUGGUUGAUGGGAGUGAGAAGUGGAGCUGGGUACUUACUGCGCCGAGGGUUCUGGAGAGGUUUGGUAAGGGGAAGGAGAGCGGGAAGUAGUGGAGCUGAAGGAUAUGAGAUAAAUGGGGGUGAAUUUGGGGGUUGGUCUAAUUUUAAAAUAGAUUAUUGGAGAAUGGUUGGAUAGGAGGGUUUCUUUAUCGGUUUUUGAUCUAGCUUGGCUGCCUGCUGGGUGGCACAAUAAUUAGUUGUUCUGUUAUGCAUCUGUUUUCCAGGGAAUUAAUUGGAUUUCGGUGGGGCUAGG